UCCAACUUCGUACGUAAUUUGGUUGUUACGGUGAACUGAUCAAAAUGAAGUGUUGGGCGAACAAGGUAGCAGUCAUCACUGACUGUGGCGACGAUAUUGGCUGUACUAUAAUGGAGCAAUUGGCGAAAGUUGGCAUGAUUGUUAUUGGCUUCAACAAAAAUGAAGACCUUUUAAAAUUAGUCGCUGAGAAAUUCGAAUCUUUGGUCGCCAACAAAAUUUUGGGGAAGAUUGUGCUGUAUAAUUGUGACAUAACAAAUAUAAAACAACUUGAAACUGUGUUUGAAAAAAUUAAAGAUACUUAUGAAGGGGUUGAUGUAUUGGUUAAUAACGCCUACUGUAACAUCGACUGUUUGGUGAAUACAGGAGAAUUAAAAGAUUUCAAAGAUAUUAUCGACACAAAUAUUUACGCUCUAGUGGCUUGCACAAGACUGGCAGCUGGAUCCAUGAUAGAGAGGAAGAGUAGAGGUCACAUUAUAAAUAUCAAUGACUUAUGUUCCUAUCAGAUACCAAUGGAAUCAAAGAAAACUGUGUUUAUAGCUGCAAAAGCUGCCAUCACGUCGGUAAAUGAAAUUUUAAGACAUGAAUUUCGUUAUUUAAAAGUGAAUAUAAAGGUAACAAAUAUUGCAUGUGGUAGUAUUGAGAGUCAGGCAGAAACUGUUCUAAGUGAUUCAAGGUUGAAGAUUAGAGAUGUUGCUAAGCUGGUGAAACUGAUUUUGAAUACACCAGAGCAGCUGCAAGUACACGAGGUCCUGAUUGAUUCAGUUGUUGAAUAGAAAGUUUAGCCGAAGUAAAAGAACGUUGUUAAGAAAUCAGAAUUUGUACAUACUUAAUAAUAUUCCCUUAAAAUGUAUGAGAAAAGUAGGCCAGGAAGAUACUUAUCCAUCUAAUUAAGGAAAUAGUAGAUUUGUAUUUUUUAGUAGGUAAGAUUGGGGAAUCUUUAUUUAUUAUU